CACGUGCCCAACUCCCCAGGACGGCACGAACGGCGGCCUGGCUAAGGCGGCGCCCCCCGCGCCUGCUCCUAUUGCCGGACCAUGAACCUGGCCAAUCGAGGUUCUGGUCACCAGCACGCGGAUCUGAAACUCCCCCCCUUGCCAAGCCAAAACACUGACCCCAUCGGUGAACCUCCUGGGAAGAAUCGGUCCUCUCACUGCUACCGUGAGUCCAGAAUAGACGAGCUGUUGCGCGGGCAAAAAUAGUCACAAUAUGCCUCGCAAUCUUGGAAGUAGUAGCAGGUUGAGCAGGCAAUAAAUACUGUCGCGUCCAGCCCCUGGCCUUACUCCAAUCCGCCAUGCCACGCCGUGGCGCGUGAUACAGUUAAGCGAUAUUACUGUCCGAGCAGUAUUAUAGUCCUCAGCUUUGGACAUCAUGGGCUUCUCGCGUCGCCUCACAGCGGCAGCGCUGCUCGCCUUCAGCCUGCCGAUCCGUGCUGCGGCUGCCGACGUCGAGCUUCCUGUCUCGGCCGUGGUCCCCGACAUCGAGUCGGACUGGACAUCGGUCUACUACGGCAAGAACCCUCUCCUCCUAGGCAACGACGGCAGCGCCGCCACGGGGGGCUGGCUCGCGUGGGAUCUUGACUCGGCCGCGACUCUUGCCCAGGCUCAUGCGGAGACGCCCGGCCGAAGGACCAAGCUGGUGACCACCGUCCAUGGUAGCGACAAGGACAAAAACGGGGAGAGGAAGAAGAAGAAGACGCAGACUGGCCUCGCCGUCAGCAUUGGCCAGCCGGACUCAAUCCUCCGGGCGUGGCAACUGCCGGACUUUGAGGAAGUCAAAUCGGCGCGGACGAUGGCUCUCGGAGAUUGGUCGGCUCUGUGCUCGUGGAAGAGUCCCAGUGGGAGUGAUUAUGUCUACCUCUUUGGCAAGAAAGAGGCGAAGGUGUUUCUUGUUCGUAAGGACGAUGAUGAGGACGGCUACGAAGACGCCGAGUUCGUGGAGAUCCAAACCUUCCCGCUCCCUGUGGAGGCCUCGGGAUGCGCCACGUCCCCUUCGCUGAGUAAGAUGUUCGUCUCGGCUGACGACGACAAGGACGUCUAUGUCUUUGACCUGGCCGAGUCGACAGCACAACCCAAGAUCAGCAAGGUCGGGGAGGCUGAGGACGACGUAACAGGCGUGGCAAUUUACGUUUCUGACAAGGCCGGCGUCGACUAUCUCCUCGUGGCGAUGAAGGACACCGUGGCUGUCUACGCGCCCCCCUUCAAGCAUCUCGGCAACCUUCAGCUGGUCGGCCACGAGGACAUUGAAAUCCAAGGCCUCGGCGUCUUCCAGGGCUCCACGUCUCAAUACCCCAGCGGAGCGCUCACGUACGCCAUCGAGGCCGAGGACGUAACCGGGUUAGGGGUUAGCUCACUCGACGGUGCUCUCCAGGCGCUGGACCUCAAGGUGAACACCAAGUACGACCCUAGCACCGGAGGCAGCAAGUCGUCGCCCAUCUGCAGCGCCUGCUCGGGCAACGGCUACUGCGCCAAAAAGGGGAGAGGCAUGGAGUGCUCGUGCUUUUCCGGUUGGCAGGGCAAGACCUGCAACACUUACACCUGCGAAGACGACUGCUCCGGCAACGGCAAAUGCAUCGGGCCGAACCAGUGCAACUGCAACGACGGCUGGGGCGGGCUGCACUGCUCGUUUGUCCUAGUCCAGCCGGUCGCCGAGACCGAGGCCAACGGCGGCGACGGCGACGACCCGGCCAUCUGGAUCUCGCCCAAGGACCGCGGCCAGUCCCGCAUCAUCACGACCACCAAGUCGGCCCAGGGUGCCGGACUCGGCGUCUUUGACCUGUCCGGCAAACUCCUGCAGACCCUCCCGGCCGGCGAGCCGAACAACGUGGACGUCAUCUACAACUUCCAGGCCGGCGCGCGCAAGAUCGACCUCGCCUUCGCCGCCUGCCGCGCAGACAACACGCUGUGCCUCUUCGAAAUCACCGCGAACGGCACCCUCGCCCCAAUCCCGGGCGGCGUCCAGCCCACACUCGCGAAGUACAAAGUCUACGGCUCGUGCGCGUACCGCUCGCCCGCCUCGGGAAAGCAAUAUCUCUUCGUCAACGCCAAGUCGGCCGAAUACCUCCAGUACGAACUGACCGCCACGGCCAACGGCACGCUGGUCACCACGCUGGCGCGCUCCUUCUAUGCCGGGUCCGGCGGGCAGGUGGAAGGUCCCGAGGCGAGCUUCAAGUUGGUGCCGCUGGACAGGGUGCUCGGGGCGGAGGUGGUGGAAUCGUUGGGGUUGUUGGAUCAGGUCGAUCCGGAGUGGGAUCCGCGGGCUUGA